UGAAGUGAAAUUCAAGAUGGUGCUGGAGACGGAGACGGAAGUGCUGCGGGAGUAUUACUCCGACAGUGACUACUUGAGUUCUCCCGAGGGGGUUAUGAAACUGAUCACAAUCCUGGGCUGCCUGUGUUUAGCCGUGCUGUUCCUGGCGGGUGGGGGCUGCGCGGGCGCCGCGGGGCUGGCGGCGGGCGGCGCUAGUGUCGCCUUCAUCACUGCCGGACUAUUGGCGGUGCAGCUGACUGCGACGCUGCUCGGCGCGCCGCUGUACGCGCCGCAAGCGUGGCUUUACUCCGAUGUGGUGGGCAGCUCGGUCCUCGGCGCGCUGCUGGUGCUGAGCGGCGCGCUCAGCGUGACGCUGUGCGAGCUGCGCGGCUUCGUCAGCUAUGUGCAUGCUCCGCUAGCAGCGUGCAACGCAGCACUCGUGGUAGGCGGUGCCGUGGCCACAUACGUGGCGGUGACGCGGCGCUGGGACGCGGCGCGCGGGCCCGCGUGGGAGCCGCGGCGCGAGCCUCCACAGGACGUCGACGUCUGA